AAUGUCAGUCUUUUGGCAGCUGCGGAGCAGUGGGGAGCGAGCGAGCGGGCGGCCGGACUGCCUGACUGACUGACUGACUGACGGCAGCGGAGCCGGAGCUGGAGCUGCGGGAACCCUCGGCUCACCUCACCCCCACUCAAAGCCCACGGAAUGCGCCCAGACCGACCGCCCGCAUUCUGCGAGGAGGGAUCAGCACUGCUCCAGAGGAACAACUCUUCAGCCCCAAUGUGACUGUGAUUGAUUUUUAAAGGGAUAUUCUAUCUGGUCUGGACUCUCAGUUUCAUCCCCGCCCGCUUAUGCUGGGAGUCUACAAAUCGCCUACACAAUUCACAGCAGCCACUUAACGACCAACCCACACAUGUGAGAGAAAGCCCACGUGUCUCGGGCAGACUAUCCAAGCUCCACACGGACAGUGCCUGAGGCCAGGAUCGAACCAGAGUCUCUAUCAUUGUGUGGGCAGCUCUACCUGCUAUGCCUUUGUGCCACCCAUAGUGCUGAGAUCCUUUGUGUACUGAACCACUGCUGACUGCUGGCCUCAAUCUUGGUGCCCACAUGGCUUUUGAAAUGGAGCAAAAAGUAAGCAAGUUGACCUUUGGAUUCCAGCGCAGUUCAACGUCAGAUGACGACUCCGGAUGUGUUUUGGAAGAGUAUGCGUGGGUUCCACCAGGUCUAAAACCAGAACAGGUGCAGCUGUACUUCUCGUCCCUGCCGGAGGAGAAGAUUCCCUACGUGAACAGCCCCGGAGAGAAGCACCGAAUCAAGCAGCUCCUCUACCAGCUCCCGCCCCAUGAUAAUGAGAUGCGUUACUGCCAGUCGCUGAGUGAGGAGGAGAAGAAGGAACUGCAGCUCUUUAGUGCCCAGAGGAAGAAGGAGGCUCUGGGCCGAGGAACCAUCAAGCAGCUGCCCCGAGCUCUGAUGCACACCGUCUGUGAUCAGUGCAAGGAGAAAAUAAACGGCGGGGAGGUUGCAAUAUUUGUGUCCAGGGCGAGCUCCUCUGUCUGCUGGCACCCGGCUUGUUUUGUCUGCUCCACCUGCCAGGAGCUGCUCGUGGACCUUAUCUACUUCUACCAAGACGGCAGAAUCCACUGCGGCCGGCACCACGCCGAGCUGGUGAAGCCCCGGUGUUCAGCCUGUGACGAGAUUAUUUUUGCUGAUGAAUGCACAGAAGCUGAAGGUCGCCACUGGCACAUGAAACACUUCUGCUGCUUUGAGUGUGAUGCCGUGCUGGGGGGACAGAGGUACAUUAUGAAGGACGGCCGCCCAUUCUGCUGCAGCUGCUUCGAGAGUCUGUACGCGGAAUAUUGCGAGGCCUGCGGCAACCAUAUCGGUGUAGACCAUGCACAAAUGACGUACGAUGGGCGACACUGGCAUGCUGUCGAUAAAUGCUUCUGCUGCGCCCAGUGCCGGACUCCACUGCUGGGCUGCCCCUUCCUGCCGAAGCAAGGACAGAUUUUCUGCUCCAAGGCCUGCAGCCUGGGUGAGGACGUGCACGCCUCCGAUUCCUCUGACUCUGCCUUCCAGUCUGCGCGCUCCAGAGAGUCGCGGAGGAGUGUGCGCGUGGGGAAGAGCAGCAAGUCGGCGGACCAGUGCAGGCAGUCGCUGCUCCUCUCCCCCACCGUCAACUACAAGUGCCCCGAUUUCUCCGGCAAGGACAACGAUCCCCUGUCGCAGCAAAUGGACGCCCUCAGCCUGACGAGGGGAGACUCCAGGCUCGGCGGCGAGCACUUCUGGAAAGGCCGGGUGGAGGCAGAGGGGGCGGAGGAGCAGGAGGAGUGGGCCGAGCACGAGGACUACCUGACCCAGCUGCUGCUGAAGUUCGGGGAUCGAGGACUCUUUCAGCAUCCCGAUGAGGAGGGCAAGCAGUGCGAGCCCUGGUCCUCACACAGCGAGGCCAAGGGCAAGCUGGAGUUGGAGCUGGGCAGCCGUGACGCCCAGGGCUUGGGCAGCAACAAGUACGAAUCCCACUUGUUCUGGGCUCAGUCCCAGGACAAUCUGGGAGAUUCCGCCUACGGAAGCCAUCCAGGUCCCGCCAGCAGCAGGAAGAUUCAGGACCUCGAGACAGAACACGGCGCCGUGGGCUACAAGCACGGCCAGAGCCCCUGGUACGAUGACUCCUUGGAAUGUCUGACCGGUGGGAUGAAGGCAGCCGAGCAAGGUGUGCGUGAUUCUGUGGAUUCUCUGGCCCUGUCCAACAUCACAGGAGCCUCAGUAGAUGGAGACAGCCAGCAAAGAUCACCAGUGUUCACCCUGCAGGACUUCCAAGAAAUGGAGAGCUGCGAGAAAAUGAGUAACAUGGGCACGAUGAACUCGUCGAUGCCCCGCGGCAGCACAGAGUCCCUCAAGAGCCUGACAUCGGACCUUUGCCAGGUGGUGACGCCGGAGGUGACACAAAAACCCCUCUACACCCCAAUGCUGAGACGAUCAAAGUCGCAGAUGAGACCGCAGCAAGUCAAGUUUUCAGAUGACGUCAUCGACAACAGCAACUACGAGGAGGUGGAGAUCCGGCAAGCGCCGAUGAGCGAACGAACGCGGCGCCGGGCAUUCAACGCCGACGGGCGCAGCAACCGGCACCACCAUCGCUGGCGACGGAGCAGGAAAUCCCGGUCGGACAAUGCUCUCCAUCUGGCCGCGGAUAGGAGAUGUCCGAGAGAGAGACUUCAUCUCCGCUCUCCCGAAGACUGUGACAAGGUAAAUCAGCCUAAGGUCUCCCGCGAUAGGCAAGCCUAUCUUCAAAACCAAGACAUGUACGGCCAGUACAGUCGCCACCCAGACUACGCAUUAAACCAGGCAGUGGACAAGUUUCUUGGCCUGUACGGCGACGAUGACGAGUCCUGGUGCUCAACCUGCUCCUCCUCGUCCUCUGAUUCGGAAGAAGAAGGUUAUUUCCUUGGUCAACCCAUCCCACAGCCCAGAGCCCAAAGGUACCAGCUUUACACCGAUGACCUUGCAGCAACACCGUCAGUGAUGCCAGCUUCCACUACAGGACCACAGACCACGAGAGCCAAAAAGAAAAAGGGACAUAAAGGGAAGAAUUGUAUCAUUUCAUAGGGCAAAGUUGGUGAUAACUAAACUUGCACAGAGCGUUUCUGGAAUCUGAAUACAGAUAUGACUAAACCAUCUGGUUGAGGCAACCUGUCAAUGAAUGUGGAAUUACAGGAAGCCCAGGCUUAGAACUAUUGGCAUUGGGAAUGCUGCACCACCUUGCAAUCCAGAGUGGACACGUGCAAAGAAAUGGUGUGCUCUCUACCUUCCAGGACAACACUUCAUGCUGGAUCUAUGCUUUGUGAAAGCUUUGGACAUUUAAACAAAAUGUUUUUUCACUUUUGUUACUUUUUAAUGAUUUAAAUGUGCUUCAUAUUAUUAUGGUAUUAAAUGUUCACUUACAUUGAAGUAUUUGCAGCGAGUCUGUAUAGCAAAAGGGGUGAAGAAAGGCAAGCUGUGGUACAGCGGAAUGAACUGUUGUCUUUGCCCCUCCUCCCCUCAAUCCCACUCUAGAGGCAUUGGAGGGGCUGUGACCUGCGAUUUCAUUUUAAAAUGUUGGUAUUUAUAAUGUAGCAUUUAACAAUUAAAGUUAAUCAUAAUUUAACAGUGCAAAUAAUGUAUAUAUUGUAAAGUUCAGAUUAUGAAACUGAUAUUUUUAUAUAUCGUUGAAUUGCAAAAAAAAAACCCAUUUACGUUUGGUUGUAUGAAAUAGAUGUAAUGAAGUGAUUGCAACAUUAGGUCCAUCCUUUCAAUGACCCUCCUGUUAAACAGUGGCUCACCAUUUUGUUCGUGAGGAUGUAUUGAGUUUAAUACUUCUACAUACAGCUUCUCCCAUUUUUUUUAGUUCAAUUACUUAGUGUGCACUAGUGUCAACUAUUCCCAAUUCCAGAAGUGUGCCCGAGAUAUUUGCUACGUUACCAGAGCUUAUUGUGACUCAGAUAGUGUAAAGAAGUAUCAAAAGUGCUGUAUAAAUGUAAAGACUGGAACAUGUGGUUGAAUGAAAUAAAAAAAAUAUCAAAUAAU